CUGAUUCAAUUCACCUUGACUGCACGGCUUCGUGGCAAAAAUUCACAAUAUAGUGCCUAGUCGUUUCCAAAGUAACUACGCCUCUGCGCACUGCACAAUGACGAGCGCCGUUGGCCUCACAAGCCCAUCCCUCUCUUCGUCUGAAAUUCCCAGCACCAUGUCGAGACGAGCCCUGAGCCUUCGUCCUCCAACAGUAGCAUCCGCACAGAACCACAAUGGUCCUAUAUUCGCUAUUUACGAAAGUAGAGGGAUGGGGCGGGACGUCGGGAUCGCGUCUCUCGAUCGUUUCAGCUGUCGUGUGACUUUGGUUCAAAUCUCAGAUGUGCCAACAUACGUCAAGACACUUGGUCAUCUCCACAUUCAUAGCCCCAGUAUCAUCCUAGUGCUGGAUACUUCUUUUCCAUCCGAAAAUAGCACCAAAAAGCCUAGCGCCUUGGUACAAUGCAUGCAAGAAGAUUUUACCGAGGUCUCGAUUGAAUGCGUCGCACGGAGGUAUUGGAAUGACACGGCAGGUUUGGAGUUCAUCUCUCAACUGAUCCUGGAUGACGAGAACCGUGCUUCAACCCUUUUGACGGUCUCAGGCUGUUCUUUCUCCUUGUGUGCAGCCUCUGCCCUUUUCAAAUAUGCUCAAACUAGACUGCAUGCUACAUACCCACCCAAAUCACUCUGGAUCGAGUGCCCACUGGUAGAAGGAACCAUGCUCAUUGACAGGGAUACUGCCAAGAAUCUCGAACUCGUGAGCAAUGCUACUCACAAGAAGUCAAAGCAUUCUCUGUUUGGACUUUUGAAUCACACCUUCACCCCUAUGGGCGGCCGAUUCCUGCGAAUAAAUCUCCUGGCGCCACCCACGAUUCGUCCCAACAUUGAGGCGCGUCUAGAGGCGGUAAACGAGCUAGUCAAAUCCGAAGACAUAUACCAUUCUGUCAAAGCAGCCCUUCGAUCAAUGUCUAAAAUGGACCUAGAUAAACUCAUUUCAGCUAUCAUCACUAAUACGACCGAUCAACCCAGCAUUAGUCCUCGGGAGGCUUCAACGCACGUCACAAAUAUGUUACAAUUGCGAGAUGUAGUGUGCUGCAUACCCCCGGUCGCUCAAGCGCUUGCUAGCUGCCAUGCAAAUCUUCUUCGCGUUGUUCAAGGCCUGCUCUGCGAUUCUCGCCUAGGUGACAUCCGAGCGCUUUUGUUCGAAGGAUUGAACGCAGAUGCUGGCCUCAGCAAGAGAAGUGGUCUUGCUGGAGUCAACAGCAAAGUCUAUGCAGUGAAUGUCAAUUUUAACAGAAUGCUUGAUGUCGCUAGGGAAACGUACAAGGAAAAUGUGGAUGACAUCUUCGAAUUAAGGGCCCAACUCAGCCAGGAACACAAUUUGCCCCUUUCCAUGGAGUAUCAAGAGCGUGGAGGUGGCUUUUGGUUCACAAUUGCAAAAGGCGACCUCGAAGGUGAGCUUCCAAGGGGCUUCCUUAAUGUCACAACGAAAGGUGCCAAGUGGUGCUUCACUUCAAUGGAACUUAAGAAGAGAAACGCAAGGAUGAAGGAUGCACUUGAGGAAGCACUGUUGCUCAGCGAUAAGUGUGCACUGGGCGUUUGGUAUCGGUGUUCAGCUCACCGAACCCGACGCAGGGUAAUAAAAGAAAUUUUGGAGAAAGUCGUGGAAAAUAUAGGGGUAUUCUACAAAGCCUCAGAAGCGAUCGCCACACUUGAUAUGCUGUGGUCGUUUGCUCACAUUUCCAUUCUGCACAAUUACGUCCGUCCCGAAUUCACUGGGACUCUCGCCAUCAAGGCUGGUAGACACCCGAUUCUGGAGAACAUCGGGGCCGUGGGGACCUUUGUUGCCAAUGACACCUACUGCGAUGAUGCUGCAACGUUUCAAAUGGUUCAGGGACCCAACAUGUCAGGCAAAAGCACAUAUUUGCGCCAAUUGGCUCUACUGACGAUCCUUGCUACUUGCGGGUGCUUUGUACCUGCAGAGUAUGCGAGCUUUAGGUUACAUGACACACUCUUAACUCGCUUGUCCAACAACGAUGACCCAGAGAAGAACUUGAGUACUUUCUCGAAUGAGAUGGCAUGCUCAGCUAUGAUUCUAGGUCUUGCGACAAGGGACUCGUUGAUACUUAUAGAUGAACUGGGUCGGGGAACCUCGCCCAUUGAAGGUAUUGGGAUCGCCCACGCCAUUGCGGAGCAACUCAUUGAUCUCAAGGCUUUCACUUUCUUCGCAACACACUUCCAUGACUUGUCUGUCACGCUCAGCCGCCGCUCUUCGGUUGUUAAUCUUCACUUAGCUGUUCAAAAAAACUCUCGGGACACUUCGGGAUUUGGACUACAAUUUCAAUAUCGAAUUAUUGAUGGUCGUGCGGACGAAAUACCUCAUUAUGGCUUAGAACUCGCUCAGCUGGCUGAUCUGCCUAAGGAGGUGCUGCAAUUUGCUGAGAAGGCGGCUCACCAUCUAGCCAAUCUAGACGCGGCAAAAAAGGAAGCGAGCAAGACGACGAGGAUAGUUGCAAGGAGGAAAGCAAUACUAAGAGUACGUAAUUCGUCGGCUUACCAUCCGAGCUGGCCGGAGACUCAAAGACUAAGCUGGUUGCACUUGGUGCUUUGGUCUCUUGCUCGGCGCUCAUUGCUGAUAUCCAUCUCUACCGUCAUCGCCUCGUCUCCCAUCACCGCGCUACAUUCCUUUGACUUGUAUCUCGCAUCCCAAUUAUCUUCCGCUGGCUCUCGACUACCUCGUUUCUGCGCAACGAACGGACUUGCUUCUCUUAUCACACUAGCUUCGUGUCCAGCUCCAACAAGCUUAUGACCACUCAACUCUUCCACCACGCGAACUUAAGGGGUACCUG